AUAUAAGAGUGAGAUCAGUAGUCCUCACUGAUACGAUAUUUUACAGUCUAUUAAGACAAAGUUGCAGGAACACUUAAAAAUCUAUGAAAAUGAAGUUGCUUCUAGCAGGAAUUGUUCUGGUUCUAAUUGUGGAAACCAAUGCCCAGUGGUACUGGUUUCCUGUUGAAGCUGCUCAAGGAACUCGUGAUAUGUGGCGAGCAUACUCUGAUAUGAAGAAAGCCAACUGGAAAAACUCAGACAAAUACUUUCAUGCCAGAGGAAACUAUGAUGCUGCCCAGAGAGGAGAGGGGGGCCGAUGGGCAGCUGAGGUUAUCAGUGAUGCCAGAGAGUGGGUGCAGGAAAAAAUGGGUCGUGGUGCCGAGGACUCUGCGGCUGAUCAGAGGGCAAACCAGUGGGGGCGGGAUGGAAAUGAUCCCAACCAUUUCAGGCCAGCGGGACUUCCUGAAAAAUAUUAGUAUAAAAGUCAUCGCCUUAUAAUAAAACUAAUGAAAUACA